GAAUGCAGUUUCUGUGAAAUUAUUCAUUAUUCAAUGGCUGGUGGUGCAGAUCUAGUUGUUCCAUCUGUCGGUUCUAAAAGUAUCAUCGACUCGAACCAAGAAUCCGACAAGGGUAACUAUUGCCGGCCUAACAUUGAAUCAUUCCUCAUGUCUCCUAAGUUGCCAAAAUCAGUUCCACCAGUUUCUUCUGCACCAGAAGAAUCUAACAUCAGGCGCCCUCGUGGCAGGCCUGCUGGCUCGAAAAACAAGCCAAAGCCACCCAUCAUUGUGACCCGAGAUAGCGCUAAUGCGCUUAAAGCUCACGCAAUGGAGAUUAGUUCAGGCUGUGAUGUAAGUGAGAGUUUAGCCAAUUUUGCUAGGAGGAAGCAACGCGGAAUAUGUGUACUUAGCGGGAGUGGCUGUGUAACCAAUGUUACGCUACGACAACCCGCUUCAUCUGGGUCCAUUGUCACCCUUCACGGGCGCUUCGAGAUACUCUCAUUGCUCGGAUCAAUAUUGCCUCCACCUGCUCCACCCGGGAUUACGGGGCUAACUAUUUACUUGGCAGGUUCUCAAGGACAGGUUGUGGGUGGGGGAGUAGUUGGUGCUCUCAUUGCAUCAGGCCCUGUGGUGAUCAUGGCUGCAUCUUUCAUGAAUGCUACUUUUGAUCGCUUGCCAUUAGAUGAAGAUGAAAUUUCCGCAGCUGUGCAGAAUCAGCAUUACCAGAACAGUCGUAAUCACCACCAUCACCACCACCACCUUGAUAUUGCAGAUCUGUAUGGAGUACCGCAUAAUUUGCUUACCAAUGGUACAGUGCCUCAAGAAAUUUACUCUUGGGCACCCGGACGAGCAAUGACAAAAUCGUAACUUCAUCAGUAAUUUCAUCAGUAUUAUUCUUCUCAUAACAGGUCUCAAUAUUGUCAGUUAUGCAUCUCCGUAAAAACUUUUUAUAUCAGUGUAGCUUUUUGGCAUUGGAAAUUUAUGAAAUCACAUUUGUUUCAAAACUCA